AAGCUAACAUUAGCAGAUGGGCAUAGCCCCGGCUGAGCGCCUCUCUGCGGAGGACGUUGACCCGGCUAACAGUGGGUAAACUCAUCCAGGCUCGCCAACAAACAGCACAAGCCUCGACAGAUAAACAGACAUUGAAGAGGAUGGCUGCAGUUCACACAUAAAAUCCUGCUGAGAGGCACUGCCAUGUUGCCGGGAGUCGGUGUGUUUGGUACAGGGAGCACAGCCCGAGUGCUGGUCCCGUUGUUGCAAGCUGAGGGCUUUGAAGUUCACGCGCUGUGGGGAGGAAGUGAAGAGGAAGCUCGCAGCUUAGCAAAAGAACUCGGUAUCCCGUUCCACACCAGCCGAUCUGACGACGUCCUCCUGCACCAAGAUGUUGACCUGGUUUGCAUCUAUAUUCCACCCUCAAUGACAAAACAGAUUGCAGUCAAAGCACUGGGUAUAGGUAAGAAUGUUGUGUGUGAGAAAGCUGCAACAGCUGUUGAUUCAUUCAAGAUGGUGACUGCAGCCAGAUACUACCCUCAGCUGCUCAGCAUUAUGGGUAACACCCUGCGCUUCCUGCCCGCUUUUGUUGCGAUGCGCAAGCUGCUGGUCGAAGGAUAUGUUGGUGAUAUCCAGGUGUGUGAUGUUCGAGUCUACGGCCCAAGUCUCCUUGACCAGUCGUAUGGCUGGACCUGUGAGGACCUGAUGGGAGGAGGCGGGCUGCACAUUGUUGGCUCCACCAUCAUUGACCUCUUGAGUUACCUCACGGGCACCCGAGCCCAUCGUGUGCACGGUUUACUACGGACUUUUGUACAACAGAACAACUUGAUCCGGGGCAUCCGCCGCGUCACCAGCGAUGACUUCUGUUUUUUCCAAAUGCUGAUGGGAGGUACUGGAUCUGCUGGUGUGUGCUGCACCGUCACCCUGAACUUCAACAUGCCUGGGUCAUUUGUGCAUGAGGUUAUGAUAGUUGGAUCCACUGGAAGGUUGGUCGUCAGGGACACGCAACUUUACGGUCAACGCAACGGCAAUAAAAGUGAGGAGUUGUUGCUAGGUGACAGUGGGUGGGUUGGACCUGAGGCGAAGGAGAUGCCUCUUCCUUUUCUGCAGGGCCUGAGCUCCAUGGUAAAGGCACUGAGACAGUCUUUUCAGGCUCAUGAGGAGCGCAGGUCUUGGGCACGAGGACCAGUUGCUUCGGCGCCGACAUUCGAAGACGGUCUGUAUGUACAGACGGUGGUCGAGGCGGUGAAACGGUCCAGCAGCAGCGGGGAGUGGAUAUGCGUGGACGUCAUGAGUCAGGAGCCGGAUCCGAAUCAGAAUCUGUGCGAGGCUCUUCAGAGAAACAAAAACUGAAUUAAUUUAUUCACAAAGUGCAAAAACUACAUAUGGGACAGAACAGGGCUUUGAA